GAAUCAAUUCAACCCCAUAAAAGAACCCACUCACAUUCUCUCUCUAUAAUGUCUCUCAUGCGUUUCUCCGAAAACAUAACCUUUUAACUCUUUCUUUCUUUCUUUCUUGUUCCUUAUUUUCUUCGCUGUUUCAAUGUCAUCGCCGGGUUUCAAUGCCGGCGGUGGUGCUGGCUCGUCGGAGUUUUUCUCCGGCAGAUCACAAAAUACCAUCAACAAUCUUAUCACCACCACCAACCACCAUCUUCUUCCUUCUCUUUACCGUACCCAACAACAACCACUUCCUCCAAUUUUUCUAGAUCCUUCUUCACAGAUCCAACAAAAUCGCUUCAUCGGAAAACGUACUUUAGCUGAAUUUCAAACCCAACAACAAAAUCACAGUUUCAACAACCUUAACCUUGUCAACAACACCAACAACAACGUUAAUUUCAACAACAGUCAUGUUCUGUCCAAUCUUUUACUUCGUUCUGUUAAACCAAGAACAACAACAACAACAUCAUCAACAAAUUUUCAGUUUCAUGCUAAUAAUAAUAAUACCCAUAAUACCCCUUUAUCGUUCUCACUACCUGAAUUACAACAAUACCCUUACCACCAAACACAACGUUUAGGUGUUCCUCUUCUUCAUCAAUCUACAAUCAACCCAAAUUUUCAUCAUUACAGAAACUCCAACUCUAAGCUAGGUCAAAUAACAAACUCUAUUCAAACGGUUCAAACUAUACCCGUGUCCGGCAAAGUAGAAGAAAACAACAACAACAACAACGAUCACACUCUUUUACAGGAGUUGGAGAAGCAGCUUCUUGAAGAUAACGACGAAGAAGGUGAAACGGAAACAGCUUCUGUUAUUACAACAAGUGAAUGGUCAGAGACUUAUCAGAAUCUAAUUGGGCCUGGGCUUGGGCCUGGGCCUGGUCAGGCUCAAGCACAGGCACAGAAACUGGUGUCUUCAUCACCAACUUCAUCAACUACGUCAUCAACAUCUUCAUCAGCGGCUUCACCUGCUUCAGUUUGUUCAAAACAAACAUUGAUUGAAGCUGCGAAUGCGAUUUCUGAAGGUAAGAAUGAUGUUGCUUUAGAGAUCUUAAACCGUUUGGUUCAGAAUUUGAAUCUGAAUUCGAUGAAUUCGGAUCAAAGGUUAGCGAAUUUCAUGGUGAGAGCGUUGAAAUCGAGGAUGAAUCCGGUUGAAAAUCCACCUGUUGUUGCGGAAUUGUUUGGGAGAGAACAUGCUGAGUCGACUCAGUUGUUGCUGGAAAACUCGGUUUGUUUCAAGGUUGGUUUCAUGGCAGCAAAUCUCGCAAUUCUUGAAGCUGCAUUUGAAGAAAACGGUAACAGUUUCUGUGUAGUUGAUUUUGAAAUUGGACAGGGAAAACAGUAUGUGAAUCUUCUUCACGCGCUCAAAGCGCGUGAAACGGCGCGUGAUGGGUUUAAGUUGAAGGUUAUUGCGGUGGCUGAGAACGGCGGUGAUGAUAGAGUGAUAGCGGUGGGUGAGAUGUUGAGACUUCAAGCGGAGAAGCUAAGAAUUGGUUUCGAGUUUCGUGUUGUUUCGGUGUCUCAGAGACAAGUCUACGAGUUAACUCGCGAGUUAUUGGGAUGUGAUGUUGAAGAGACAGUAAUUGUGAAUUUCGCGUAUAAGCUGAAUAGAAUUCCUGAUGAAAGUGUGUCAACGGAGAAUCCACGUGACACGCUUUUGCGGCGCGUGAAAACUCUCGCGCCGCGUGUUGUUGUUAUUGUGGAGCAAGAAAUGAAUUGUAAUACCGCGCCGUUUUUGGCGCGUGUUGCUGAGUCUUGGGGUUAUUAUUCCGCUUUAUGUGACUCGGUCGAGGAAAAUUCCGACCGAGUCAAGAUUGAAGAAGGAGUGAGUCGAAAAUUGUGUAAUUUAGUGGCUUGUGAAGGUAGGGAUCGUGUUGAAAGGUGUGAGGUUUUUGGCAAAUGGCGCGCAAGGAUGAGUAUGGCGGGGUUUAAGAUGAAACCAAUGAGUCAAAAUGUUGCCGAGUUGAUUAAAUCGCGACUCAAUAUUGGUAACAACGAGUCGCGAGUUAACUCGGGACUCAGUGUGAAAGAAGAGAAUGGUGGGAUUUGCUUUGGUUGGAUGGGAAGAACACUCACGGUUGCUUCUGCUUGGCGUUAACUUUGGUCACUUUUUUUUUUUUUUUCUUCUUUUGUUUUAUUUUUUUAAUUUGGUUCCAUGAAUAUUAUUAAUGUUAUUGUUACAUUGUUACUAUAUUGUAACGUUAUCUAGACAUAAUGGAAAAGCAUAGAGAAUAGAAUUUGAUAAAUAAUAUAUCAUGGAAAAAAGGUUUGAUGUAGAAAAUCCCAAGGAGAACCCAUCCUUCCUACCUUCCAUCCAUCUUGGUUCUACCAAACGAAAAUUAAUAAUAAAUAAAGCAUAUUAGAUUCCAAUUAAA